CUGAAGGUCAUUGCUGUUCUCGAAAAGGAUUUUUUCAGUCCAGGCCUCAGAACUUCACUGUAAGCUCCCUAAAUCACUUUAAAGAGUGAACAGAAUUUGCAGCCACACGUGAAAAGCUGUUGGUAGAAGAUUUGGGCUGAAAGAGGGAACAACUUACACAGCAAAACUAGCAGGGAGGUCUGAUGGAAUUUACAAAGUUUCCUCAUCUGCUUCUGUGUUAUUAAACAAUACAAUUAGUUGCUAUGGAGACAGAAAAAUUGGAAGAGGUACAACAAUGCUGUGGGAGAUCAGCCCAUGGUAUCCAGAAGGGUAGUCCUCCACAGGCUGUAUCAAGCCUGGACUUGAUCUCUGAUGAUGAUUCUGAGGCAUCUGACAAUAUAACUGAGAAAGAACCAGAGACACAUUAUAUUCCUAUCCGAAGAAAUUCCAUAUAUUAUCGUUCUAUCAGACUUCGAAACAGAAAGAAAGUAAGGAAUAGUAAAGAAGUUCAAGCAGAACGUUUUGAAGGCUCACUCAAAAAUAGUAAUACCAAAAAUGAGCUUCUGAACAAAGAGGAACUAUUGCGUGUAUUUCACAAGAGUCUGUCUCUACACGUAAAGCCGAAAAUGACAGCCACAGAAGAACAAUGGUUUCAAAGGCUGCUCCCUUCCUACCCCGGUUACCGUGGCAACUGCCCGGACUUCCCCGGUCCCGCGUCUGCUGCGGAAUCGCUCCGCAGCAGCAGCAGCAGCAGCAGCCGCCCGCUGCCGGAAUCGCUCCUGCUGCUGCCGUCUUCCUCGCCGCCUAGCAUGGAGCUUCUGGCUGCCGCGCUCAGCGCCGCCUGCGCCCUGGACCACGAAGGAUCCGCCGAGAGCGUGGCCGGAGCCCGCCCAGCUGGCAGUGAAUCCCCUUCCAUGGCGGGGCCAACUUCUUUUCCGGAAGAGACCCCUGAGCAGGCUGACUGCCCGGCUGCCUUCCCCGAAGCGCUGCAGAUGAUUCACCCCAUGACCACAGACUCUUGGAAGAACUUCAUUGAGCAAAUAGGUCUCUUGUAUCAAGAAUAUCGGGAUAAAUCCACGCGUCAUGAGAUUGAAACUAGGCGGCUGCAGGAUUCUCAGACAGAUACAGAAGAGGGCUCAGCUGCUGAAGAGUCACCAACAGAAACUGCAACUGCAAAUGUGUUAGAAAGCAAGACUGUCCCCCAGAUUAACUUGCUCAGGAAUUCCACAUCUAGGUUUAAUUUAUGGCAAGAUCUUCCAGAAGUCAGAAGCAGUGGUGUUCUGAAUAUUCUCCAGCCAGAUGAAAUCAAGCUUCAAGAGGCUAUGUUUGAACUGGUCACUUCAGAAGCCUCAUACUACAAAAGUCUGAAUUUAUUGAUCAAUCAUUUCAUGGAAGAUGAGCGGUUGAAAAAGAUUUUGCAUCCUUCAGAGGCUCACAUCCUCUUCUCCAAUGUCCUGGAUGUCAUGGCAGUCAGUGAGCGAUUCCUCUUAGAUCUUGAGAAGCGGGUAGAAGAGAACAUUAUAAUCUCUGAUGUCUGUGACAUUGUCUACCAGCACACUAUCAGCCACUUCUCAGUAUAUGUAACUUAUGUGUCUAACCAGACCUACCAGGAAAGAGCUUACAAGCAACUUCUCCAAGACAAGCCAGCUUUCCGGGAGGUGAUCUCACAAUUGGAACUGGAUCCAAAAUGCAAAGGCCUGCCUUUCUCAUCAUUCUUGAUUUUGCCUUUUCAAAGAAUUACUAGGCUGAAGCUGCUGGUACAGAAUAUCUUGAAGAAAGUGGAAGAAAAAUCUGAACGUGAAAUCACUGCCCUUGAGGCUCACAAGGAACUGGAAAUAGUGGUGAAAGCAUGUAAUGAAGGUGUUAGAAAGAUGAGCCGCACAGAACAGAUGAUCAGCAUCCAGAAGAAAUUAGAAUUUAAGAUCAAGUCUGUGCCCAUCAUCUCUCAUUCCCGCUGGCUGCUAAAGCAGGGAGAACUUCAGCAGAUGAAUGGCCCUAAAACAUCCCGUACGCUACGUACAAAGAAACUCUUUAGAGAAAUCUACUUGUUCCUUUUCAACGAUUUGCUAGUACUGUGCAGACAAAUUGCUGGUGACAAAUACCAAGUAUUUGAUUCUGCUCCUCGAGGGCUUCUUCGAGUGGAAGAGUUGGAGGACCAAGGACAGAGCUUGGCCAAUGUAUUUAUUUUGAGGCUGUUAGAAAAUGCAGAUGACCGUGAAGUCAGCUAUAUGUUGAAGGCAUUAUCCCAAAGUGAAAUGAAACGCUGGAUGAUUUUGCUGGCUCCAAAUCGACGAACCAAGUUUGUUUCCUUCACAUCCAGGCUUAUGGAUUGCCCUCAAGUACAAUGUGUCCAUCCUUAUGUGGCCCAGCAGCCGGACGAGCUUUCACUGGAAUUGGCUGAUGUCCUGAACAUUCUGGAAAAGACAGAUGAUGGCUGGAUAUUUGGGGAACGUUUGCAUGAUCAAGAAAGAGGUUGGUUCCCCAGUUCUAUGGGUGAAGAGAUUAUGAAUCCCAAGAUUCGAUCUCAAAAUUUAAAGGAAUGUUUCCGAGUGCACAAAUCCGAUGACAGUCAGCGGAGGAAGAUGAGCAGCAGGAAUAGACAAUGAUCAUUGCUUAGUCAUCUGUUCUUCAGAAGCUACUUAUGGCAGAGACUGAGACAAUGAAAUGUAGUGCUUGAGAGAAUGCAUAUGAAUCAUCUUUUGGCAAGUGAAUCCUUUCACCUAUGAACUAUUGGGCUUCCUUGCAUUCUCAUUACAAGCUGGAUAGCAUUUCUGAAGACAGACUGAAAAGAAGUGAGGCUGUCAUGGGCCUGUACAAAUGUAGAAGCUGUAAAUGUCUUUCCUAAUGUACUGCAAACUCUGAAGAUUGUAAAUUUGUUAACUCUGCAUGGUGAGGAAACUGAUCACUCAAGCAACUGGGAAAACUAUGUCAAAGUCCAUAAACCUAACAACCUGGUUCUUUAGCAUUCCAUCCAGUGGUACAAAAAAGCGCAGCAUUUGAUUUUCUUAUGGAAAGAUAAUGAAGUUGUGGACACACUACAACUUUGAAAAGCUAUAUUAUAAAGUGUCAGCUUCCAUAUUUCUAUACUCAGGAAGUUUCUUCUAGGAAUUGAGUUUGAACAGCUCAUGUGAUAAACCAGUUUCUUUUUGGGUUUUGGAGAGAGAUGGGGGGGGGGUAACAAAGUGAUUAGAAAUUACAAUGUUAUGUAGUUAAAAUGUACCACAGUAUUUAUUUACCUGGGUCCCUGGGUUAUGAACUUCCAAUUUCUAGAAGGUAAUACUGAAGCAUGCAAGCUACGUUUUCUAAAAUAAGAGUCAGUUGGUUGCAGAGGCACAAAUGGGAACUCAGGUUACCAUUUUAUUUUGCUUUGUAGCCUACACUUCUCAAAAUGAUGUAUGCCAAACCACAUUAAUUGACUCUCAAUAUCAGCCCUGCAUAUUCUAUUUUAUAAGAACCAUUACUCCCUGUAAUCACUAACUGCACUUAUCUAAAUAUAAUUAUCUAAAUAUAAUUAUCUCAUAUACCUACCACUGGCAACUACAGAUAGCAUAGCUGUGUUGAGCAGUGGUGCCAGAAUGGAGAGUGAAUUUAGGGUUUUGUCCUAAGCAAAUGCUGCACUAAACUCUAUAGGAGAAUGAGACAAUAUCCCAUGAAGAGAUUUCUCUGCUUGAGUCUCUUGCACAUACUUAAGUAUUUGCAUAUGUUGAAAAAGAAGUAAAAGAAGAGCAGGGAAGAGUAUGUUUUCACAGUCAAAUAAGCUAUUCAUAACAUUUCACAAAGGUGCAUCAUCUGAGAAGCUUAGAUAACUCAUUCAAAGUCAGAACAACCAAGUUCUGUAUCUUGCUCCUUUGUUCUGCUGUUAUAUAUAGAUAACAGCCAAUGCCCAUGCAAAGAAAUUCAGUGGGGGGAUGCUUGAGACAAAAGAGGGAUGUUUGUAUUAAAUGUCUCCAAAGUUGUAUCAAACUAACAGAAAUGUGUUUGCACAUUUGUUGUGCACUCUUAGCAAAGUGCAUGAAGUCUGUACUUUAAACCUGUGUACAGGAAAGCCUUGAGCCAGAAAAACAAGAAAUGUCUUCUCAUUUAAUACAGAGCCAUAACCAGCAUCAAAAUCCUUCUAACUUUGGAAAAGCCACAUGGGCAGCUGUGGGCCCAAGCCUAAUAGAUUAAAAGAUUGUAAAGCACUUUGCAUAUUAAAUGUGUUAUAGAAGCAA